AUAAUUUCCUCCAUACCGACGGUCUUGAUCGACCGUAAUGGUAGUAUUGCAGACAAUUUCAGUAUCUUUGAUUUGAAAAGCGUUCUAACCUGAAACAAACAGUGUAAACAUUUGUUAAUAAUCGGAGGGCUCUACUGCAAGGUGGAAAAUGUCUGCGAAACAGAAAAUAUUACUUAGUGGGGACGUUGAGGGCAGAUUCAACAAUCUCUUUUCCAAAGUUGAGCAAAUAAACAAAAAGAACGGUCCCUUCGAGUUUCUCCUGUGCGUUGGAAAUUUCUUUGGAGUAAACAACAUCGAAUUGGAUCCAUACAAGCAUGGAUCAAAGAUUAUUCCAGUGCCAACACUCAUAAUCGGCCCUAACAGAGCUGAUGACGUUGGAAAUUAUCCUGAUCUGGAUGGAGCAGAGAUCUGUCAGAAUUUGACCUAUCUGGGGAAACGUGGGCUGUACAGUGCUGGUUCAGGGCUGAAGAUUGCAUAUAUCAGCGGUGUCCAGACACUUCAGGAGUCAUCGACAGUAGAAGCGAUUAAUUUUACGGAGAGCGAUGUGAUUUCUGUCAGGAACUCCUGCCUCAAAGGCCAGCCGAGCUUCAGAGGAAUUGACAUUUUACUGACUUCCCAGUGGCCUACUGAUGUUACCAAAUUUGAUCCUAAAGAUCCCAAAUUCAAUUAUAAGGGUUCUGAGCUGGUGGCCUGGUUAGCAGCUCAGAUAAAACCUAGAUAUCAUGUUUGUGGACUAGAAGGAAUUCAUUACGAACGUCCACCAUAUAGAAAUAAAAGCAAAGGUGGUGACAGCAUCGAAAUUGCCUCGAGAUUCAUAGCCUUGGCGAGGGUAGGGAACCCUGAAAAAUUAAAAUGGCUGUACGCCCUGAAUCUCACUCCAGUGGAUCGAACUCGACUGAUGGAUCUCGCCACGAAAACUACUGACGAAACCCCAAGUCCGUAUCCAGCGUCAAAUUUGAACUCUGAUCCAGGCAGCACAAACCCCAAGGACACUAAAAAACAGUUCUUCUACGACAUGCAACCUGUGGGCGAAGGAAAGAGACGAUCGAACCAAUCAGAUAAGUACCAAAAGAAAUCUAAAUGCGUUUUCAAUCAGGACAAAUGUUGGUUUUGCCUGUCCAGUCCUUCAGUGGAAAAACAUCUCGUAAUAUCUGUUGGAAGUGAAGUUUACGUGGCUUUGGCUAAAGGGGGUCUCGUGGACGAUCACCUGUUGAUUUUGCCGAUCAGUCAUCACCAAAGUUUCUCCAUUAUACCUGAGAAUGUUGAGAAGCAAAUGGAACUGUAUAAAAAAGCGAUUGCUAGGUACUACGCUGGCACUGGACGAGUGCCUGUGUUUUUCGAGAGGAAUUACAAGAGCUCCCACUGUCAAUUGCAGGCUGUACCUGUUGCUGAAGAGGUUGCUUCUGAGUUAUUUGGAGUUUUCCAGGACGUAGCCGAUGAUCAUGGUGUAGAGCUUAGUCAAAUCCCAAAUCACUCUAAACUUCGCCAAAUAGCUCCACCUGGUGCAACGUACUUCUACGUUGAGCUUCCCAAUGGAGUUCUUCUCUACACAAGGAUUUCCAAGGAUUUUCCUCUACAAUUCGGCCGAGAGGCGCUGGCCAAUGAUAAGAUUCUAAAUCUGAGGCACAAGGUGGACUGGAAGGACUGUCAAAUUAGCAAAGAAGAGGAGAUAGAUCUCGCAAAGACCAUCAGAAAAAAAUUUCAACCAUAUGACAUAGACACGUGAUUCAUCUAACUUUUUUUACUGACAAUGUUGUACCAUAUAAAAAAUAAAGAUAUCGUGGAGUGUU